CUCGCAGCCUCACCUGAGUGCCCCCCUGCCAGCCUCUGUUCCUCCAGGGUGUUGCCGGCCACACCCUCCACCCAGUCCUCAUCCCAGCCGCACACAGCAGGAGCCCAGCGGGACUCGGGCAGGCGCGGUGGCCCGCGGCUUCCCUGCCUGUCCCAGGGCGCCAGUCUCCUCGCGCGGCCACACCUCCCGGGCCCCGCAGGGUUAAGGCAGCGGAUUGCAGAGGUUUGGGCUGACGUCGCUGUGGCUGAAGGUGGUUCCCCUGGAUGAGGGUGGGAGAUCCUGCCAGCUGAAACCCGAGCUCCUGCUCAGCUGGAACUUGGGGAGGUCCCUGUAAGAGCCGCCUGCCGCCGGCCUCCCUCGCUCGGUCCCUCCUCUCGCUCCCACAGUCACUCGGGCACCGCCGCGGGAAAGAUGGAGCUGGACCGGUGGACGCAGCUGGGGCUCGCGUUCCUGCAGGUCCUUCUCAUCUCAUCCUUGCCGAGAGAAUACACAGUCAUUAAUGAAGCCUGUCCUGGUGCUGAGUGGAACAUCAUGUGUAGAGAGUGUUGUGAAUACGACCAGAUUGAGUGUGUCUGCCCCGGGAAGAAGGAAGUUGUGGGCUACACCAUCCCCUGCUGCAGGAAUGAGGACAAUGAGUGUGACUCCUGCCUGAUUCACCCAGGUUGCACCAUCUUUGAAAACUGCAAGAGCUGCCGGAACGGCUCUUGGGGGGGCACUCUGGAUGACUUCUACGUGAAAGGCUUCUACUGUGCUGAAUGCAGAGCUGGCUGGUAUGGAGGGGACUGCAUGCGAUGUGGUCAGGUUCUUCGAGCCCCAAAGGGUCAAAUUUUGUUGGAGAGCUACCCCUUAAAUGCUCACUGCGAAUGGACCAUUCAUGCCAAACCUGGAUUUAGCAUCCAGCUGAGGUUUAGCAUGUUGAGCCUGGAGUUUGACUACAUGUGCCAGUACGAUUAUGUUGAGAUCCGUGAUGGUGACAACAGUGACAGUCCCAUUAUCAAGCGUUUCUGUGGCAAUGAGCGGCCAGCUCCCAUCCGGAGCACAGGUUCCUCACUCCAUGUCCUCUUCCACUCAGAUGGCUCCAAGAAUUUUGAUGGCUUCCAUGCUGUCUUUGAGGAGAUCACAGCCUGCUCCUCAUCCCCUUGUUUCCAUGAUGGCACGUGCCUCCUCGACGCAGCUGGGUCUUACAAGUGUGCCUGCUUGGCAGGCUAUACUGGGCAGCACUGUGAGAAUGUCCUUGAAGAAAGAAACUGCUCAGACCUUGGGGGCCCAGUCAAUGGGUACAAGAAAAUAACAGGAGGCCCUGGGUUUCUUAAUGGGCGUUAUGCAAAAAUUGGCACUGUUGUGUCAUUCUUUUGUAACAACUCAUAUGUUCUUAGUGGCAAUGAGAAAAGAACUUGCCAGCAGAAUGGAGAGUGGUCAGGAAAACAGCCCAUCUGCAUAAAAGCCUGCCGGGAACCAAAGAUCUCGGACCUGGUGAGAAGGAAAAUUCUUCCCAUGCAGGUUCAGUCAAGAGAGACACCAUUACACCAGCUAUACUCAUCAGGCUUCAGCAAGCAGAAACUGCAGGAUACCCUUACUAAGAAGCCAGCCCUUCCCUUUGGAGACCUGCCUUCUGGGUACCAGCAUCUGCACACCCAGCUGCAGUAUGAGUGCAUCUCACCCUUCUACCGACGUCUGGGUAGCAGCCGGAGGACGUGCUUGAGGACUGGGAAGUGGAGUGGGCGGGCCCCAUCCUGCAUCCCAAUCUGUGGGAAAAUUGAAAACAUCACUUCUCCCAAGACACAAGAGACCCGCUGGCCAUGGCAGGCAGCCAUCUACAGGAGGACCAGUGGGAUACAUGAUGGUGGCAUGCACAAGGGAGCAUGGUUCCUGGUCUGCAGUGGUGCCCUGGUGAAUGAGCGCACUGUGGUGGUGGCUGCCCACUGUGUUACUGACCUGGGGAAGAUCACCAUCAUAAAGACAACGGACCUUAAAGUUGUCUUGGGGAAAUUCUACAGGGAUGAUGACCGGGAUGAGAAGACUGUCCAGAAUUUACAGGUUUCUGCUGUCAUUCUGCAUCCCAACUAUGACCCCAUCCUGCUUGAUGCUGAUAUUGCCAUUCUGAAGCUCCUGGACAAGGCCCGUGUUAGCACCCGUGUCCAGCCCAUCUGCCUCGCUGCUGCCAGGGACCUCAGCAUCUCCUUCCAGGAGUCCCACAUCAUGGUGGCUGGCUGGAACAUCCUGGCAGAUGUGAGGAGCCCGGGCUUCAAGAAUGACACCCUGCACUCAGGAAUGGUUAGAGUGGUGGACUCACUUCUGUGUGAGGAGCAGCACGAAGACCAUGGCAUUCCAGUGAGUGUCACCGACAACAUGUUCUGUGCCAGCUGGGACCCUAGUACACCUUCUAACAUCUGCACUGCAGAGACAGGGGGCAUUGCGGCUGUGUCUUUCCCAGGCCGAGCAUCCCCUGAACCACGCUGGCAUCUGGUAGGGCUGGUCAGCUGGAGCUAUGACAAAUCAUGCAGUCAUCGCCUCUCCACAGCCUUCACCAAGGUGCUGCCUUUCAAAGACUGGGUCGAGAGGAACAUGAAAUGAGCCAGCCACGGGCCCAUAAGUAUCUUUUCUGUGCAUCCAUUUAUAUAUGUGCUGAAUGAUGCAGUGAGGACCUGAAACAUGAUUUUACCCACAAAUUUGGCCAUGCCAAGGCUUCUGAUUUCAGGGACAUAACUCAGUGGAGGGUGAGGACAGUUCAGUUUCUGGCAGGUCACUGCCUUUCUGAGUGUUUGAAAACCAUUUUGAAGAUGCUAGGACUUGCAAGAACUGGGUUUCUUUAAAGAAGACCAUCUGAACAGAAAAAAAGACCUC